AUUCUCUUUCUUUUAUCUUUGUCUAUUCUGCCUCACUGCUGAGCUCGACUAAUUUUCAUCAAAGAACCCAAGAAGAAAAUGACCAGAUGUGGAGUGCCAGUCCUCGGCCUUUUCAUCCUGGCCUUUCUGAUGAGCCCUCAGGGAUCUUGGGCUAUCAAAGAGGAACACGUGAUCAUCCAAGCUGAGUACUACAUGUCACCUGGUGAUGAUGCAGGAGAGUUUAUGUUUGACUUCGACGGUGAUGAGAUUUUCCAUGUGGACCUGGGGAAAAGAGAGACCGUCUGGCGGCUUGCUGAAUUUGGACAGUUUGCCAGCUUUGAGGCUCAGGGUGCCCUGGCCAACAUAGCUGUGGACAAAGCCAACCUGGAAAUCAUGAUGAAGCGCUCCAACAACACCCCAGACUCCAGCGUUUCUCCAGAGGUAACCCUGCUCCCUAGCAGCCCUGUGGAGCUGGGAGAGCCCAAUGUCCUCAUCUGCUUCAUUGACAAGUUCUCCCCACCUGUGAUCAAGGUCACAUGGCUUAAAAAUGGAAAACCUGUCACUGUUGGAGUGUCAGAAACAGUCUACCUGCCCAGGGAUGACCAUCUUUUCCGCAAAUUCCACUAUCUGCCCUUCCUGCCCAAAGCCGAGGACUACUACGACUGCAAAGUGGAGCACUGGGGGUCGGAGGAGCCAAUCCUCAAGCACUGGGAAUUUGAGCCACGAAUCCCCCUCCCAGAGACUAAAGAGAACGUGGUGUGUGCCCUCGGUCUGGUGGUGGGUCUGGUGGGCAUCAUUGUUGGGACCAUCUUCAUCAUCAAGGGCAUGCGCCAGGGUAAUGCCACAGAACGCCGAGGGACCUUGUGAGGCACAUGGAGGUGGGUAGGAGAUGACCUUUCUAAGAGAGAAGAUUGAAGACUAAAAUCUGAACCAUGAACUUGACAGACCUGCAGUGUUUUCCACCCUAAAGGCCCCAAUGCCUUCCCUCAUCCAUCCUUUGUGUAACUUCUAGUUGGCCCUCCCUGUUUAUCACUUCCUGUUUCCUAUCAUUUUAUCACCGCUAAGUAAUGCCUCUGUAAUAAACCCCAGGAGAUUCUUUCACUGCUAGGGAACCUUUCAGCAUUUCAUGAGAGUAUGUUCUGUGUACUUACUGCUUAGGAUUUCUCACAACUGUAAUUCUUUUCUAAAUAUAAUAAACUAUUUUGAUGA